CUUUCCAACACUAUAGUAACUCUUAUUGGCUAGGAACAGUCCAUGAGACGGCACAGUCAAGGAUGGAACUCAUGUUAGACGUCUUAAACUGCCAGAGAAAACGCCAUGUGAUAAGUAUAUUAUCUCUCUACAUACCACUCCCUUUCUAUACUUGUCCACACGGAAAAGGGACCAUUGAAUUUCACAACUUCCAUAUCUUUGAAGAUGCAGUGGACACUCAAGUUCUCAGUCGGAGCCUUUAUGGCUGCUUCGGCGAUAGCGGGACCAGCUUCGCCAAAUGUCUUCGAGCAUGCUGCCAUGAAUUCCAAGAUGACAUUUGUCAAGAACUCAGGCAUAUGCGAAACAACACCGGGGGUUAACCAAUACUCCGGAUACAUUACAGCAGGUGAUGACCUCAACAUGUGGUUCUGGUUUUUCGAAGCUCGUGAGAAUCCUCAGGAAGCGCCCCUCAUGGCAUUCUUUGGUGGUGGCCCUGGCGAUGCCUCCGAGUUUGGAUUAUUUACCCAGAACGGGCCUUGCAACUUCGUUGAUAAUGAGACAGAGCCAUCCGUAAACCCAAAUAGUUACAACAACUAUGCCAACAUGCUGUACAUCGAUCAACCAGUGGGCGUUGGGUUUACAUAUGGCAACGCAACGAUCAAUUCCACUGGAGAAGCCGCCCCUUAUGUAUGGAAACUAUUACAAGCAUUCUACCAGAAAUUCCCCGAAUAUGAGAGUCGUGACUUCGGAAUCUUGACUGAGUCGUAUGGAGGCCAUUACGGGCCCGAGUUUGCGCGCUACAUCAUAGCACAGAACCAAGCAAUUGGUCGAGGAGACAUCUCAGGAGAAGUGAUCCACAUGCGAUUCCUAAGCAUCAGCAAUGGUUGGUUCGAUGCCAAGAUUCAAGAGAAGGCCAACAUUGAGUAUUUAUACAACAAUUCAUACAGGCGGUUGAUCAACGAGUCUUUCCACGACGAGCUUAUCAACCGGUUUGACACGAAAUGUGCGGCUCUGCUUGAUAAGUGCAUAGCUACCAAUACGAAUGAGGACUGUGCCACUGCUUGGAAGUCGUAUACAAACGAGAUCGAGUACCCUGUCGUAGCUCUCUUGAACGAGAACCAGCCAGGUUUCUUUCUCGGCGACAUACGCGAUCCCUCAUCGAGGCCUUCUGAUGCGUAUAGUGCUUAUCUGCAAAGGCCAGAAAUCCAAAGGGCUCUUGGAGCAAGAGUAAACUUUACAACUCGAUCAGGCCAGGCUGGCUUCUACCUAGGAGGUGACGACGCCCGCUCAUUUAUGGACCAACUCUCCACCGUUAUUCAAGCUGGUGUCAGAGUCGUCAUCUGGACAGGCGACGCUGACUAUGUCUCAAACUGGUUCGGAACGACGAAAGUGGCAGAUACGAUCGAGUGGGCAAAGCAGGAGACAUUCGCAAACCAACCGAUGGUGCCGUACACGCUCAACGGCGAGCAAAAGGGGACUUAUAAGUCCCUAGACAACCUAAUCUCUAUGCGUAUCUUCGGGGCGGGACACAACACAGCCUUCUAUCAGCCAGAACUCUCGUUACAGAUCUUCAAGCAAACGAUAGGGGCGAGUGGUGUGGUUCCUACGUAAGACACUGAGUUCUUUUUUGGGUUAAUCAUUUCCAUGAUAUAUCAUUGGGCGCCUUAUGUUGUAAUAGCUAUCAUGCAGUUAGACGCAAGUUAAGGCUGCCGUGUUGUAUCACGAGCCUUGCUCCUUGCAAUAUGCAGGUCUGAGUCACAGCCAACUUCGUCACGAAUACAACUGUUUCUAACCUACCAACCUGCCAGCCUGUCUGCUCUAUUGGAUCAGCCUUGCUAAGUGCACGCACGAAUACUCGGCAUU